AUGGAGUCUGGAAAUCAUUCCAUGGUAUUCAAGUUCAUCCUGGCUGGUCUCUCAGAACAGCCAAAGUUACAGCUGCCCCUGUUCCUCCUCUUCCUAGGAAUCUAUGUUGUCACUGUGGUGGGGAACCUGGGAAUGAUCACACUGAUCCUGCUCAGUUCCUCCCUGCAUACCCCCAUGUACUUCUUCCUCAGUAGCCUGUCCUUCAUUGACCUUUGCCAUUCCACUGUAAUUACCCCCAAAAUGCUGGCAAAUUUUCUGGUGGAGAAGAACAUCAUCUCUUAUCCUGAAUGCAUGACUCAGCUCUAUUUCUUCCUUGUUUUUGCUAUUGCAGAGUGUCACAUGCUGGCUGCAAUGGCAUAUGACCGUUAUGUUGCCAUCUGCAACCCCUUGCGUUAUAGUGUCAUAAUGUCUCAUCACCUCUGCUUCUGGCUAACAGUGGUAGUUUAUACUUUGGGUUUCAUUGGGUCAUCCAUUCACACAGGCUAUAUGCUGAGACUCUUCUUUUGCAGGACAAAUGUGAUUAACCACUACUUUUGUGAUUUAUUUCCUCUCCUGGAGCUUUCCUGCUCCAGUAUUUACAUCAAUGAGUUAUUGGUUCUAUUCUUAAGUGCAUUUAACAUCCUGAUGCCAAGCUUAGCCAUCCUUACCUCCUACAUCUUCAUCAUUACCAGCAUCCUCCGCAUUCGCUCCACUGAGGGCAGGUACAAGGCCUUCAGCACCUGCAGCUCCCACAUCUUGGCUGUUUCUAUCUUUUUUGGUUCUGCUGCCUUCAUGUAUCUGCAACCCUCAUCAAUCAGCUCCAUGGACCAAGGGAAAGUGUCAUCUGUCUUUUACACCAUUGUUGUGCCCAUGCUGAACCCUCUGAUCUAUAGUCUGAGGAAUAAAGAUGUCAAAUCUGCCAUGAAGAAUAUUUUGAAUAAGAGAGGACAUACAUGA